AAGCCGAAAGUGUUCAUCAUCAGCAUGUUCGACCCGGAAGGCGACGUGUGGUAUGGCAUACCGGAAUUUGACAUCCUUGCCAUUAAUGUGACCGUUCCGGGCUUCUCGCCUCUUUUUCCCGACGCUCAUUGUACGGCAGACGGCGACGUCUGUCAGCUUACGACCGGCGAGAGUGAGAUCAACGCCGCAACCACCAUCGCUUCGCUAGUUCGCUAUCCCCGAUUCGACCUUACCACAACGUACUUCAUGGUGGCAGGUAUCGCUGGUGUAAAUCCGGAGGUCGCAACAAUCAAUAGCGUUACUUUCGCUCGGUAUGCCGUUCAGGUCGCGUUGCAGUACGAGAUCUCCCAGUUCGAAAUACCAACCAACUACACGUCCGGCUAUAUCCCUCAAGGUUCCUAUUCGGCCGAUCAGUAUCCGCAGUCCAUCUAUGGCACCGAGGUGUUUGAGCUGAACCAGAACCUUCAGCAUAUCGCUGCAAGCUUUGCGCGUCAGGCAACGCUGAACGACAGUGCUGAUGCCGUGGCAUAUCGCGCGAACUAUGCUUCAGCGAGCAUCUACACUGCUGGUGCUUCGUCGCCUUCAGUCAUUGAAUGCGAUGUAGCAACUAGCGAUGUCUACUAUUCAGGUGUUAUCCUUUCAACCGCAUUCGGUAACUUCACUUCUCUGGUCACAAACGGUAGCGGUGUAUACUGCACGACGGCGCAGGAGGACAAUGCUACAUUGGAAGCCCUUCUGCGUGCGGCAGCUAACAAGCUUGUCGACUUCUCUCGUAUCAUCAUCAUGCGGACGGCGAGCGACUUCGACCGGCCAUGGCCCGGAGAGGCGGCAACGACGAACUUGUUGUAUUCGAAUCAGGGCGCCUUCUUGCCGUCGAUAAGGAAUAUAUAUCUGGCUGGUAUUCAAGUGGUGACUGGAAUCCUGGAUGGGUGGAAUGGCACGUUCGCUGCGGGGGUCAACGCCACCAACUACAUUGGUGACAUCUUCGGCACGCUCGGUGGUUCGCCCGACUUUGGCCCUUACACGUUCAAUGACAACCCAGUUACGCCGACCAAGCGGAGUGUUGUGCCGAGGAGACUGAGAUGAAGGGGUGUCACAAACGAAGAGUUACGUCCAAAUCACAGAUACUGGGCACGAGGUAGCGGUCGGCGGCCUUGCAGGUGGUGGUAGAUGACUUCGAGUUGUGACAUAUCUUUCCAAAGGAUCUUUCAUCCAAUGUAGGAGCAAGAGCACGGUGUGCAUAUCGUGGCCGAGCAUCGUGGCUGAGCAUCAUGUUGCCGCAUCCUGGGUAGAGAUCUCAAACAGUUCGAAAUCGCAUCGUCAGACGAGAUCCACUUGUUGAAGCACAAUGAACUGUUUACGCAUGUUCGCCCGGCGUGAAAGAGCAUGCAUCCA